AGUCAGAUGGUGGUGCUCAAUGUUGCUGUGCCGGAUGGAAGUAUUGGAAGAACAGCAGCUCCGAUGGUGUGGAUUCCGUGGAUCGGGGCUUUUAAGUUGAAGGGUGGUGGAGGUGGGUUUCAGCUGGUGGUGGAGGGGAUUUCUGAUGGUGCUGGUGAUUUUGGUGGAGGUGGGUUACAAAUUCAAGGUUGGUGGAGAAAGGCUUUAGAUGCUGGUGGAGAUUUCGCCGGGGGUGGUCUGAUUUCUGAAGGUGGUGGUGCUGGUGGUGGAGAUUUGUCGCCAGAAGGAAGGCCCCAGCCCAUGUUUGCUGACUAUCUAAGGCGGCCAGCAAAUGCUGCUCUUCAGCCUCGUUUCACAAAAACAACAUAUUUUAGCGAACGCGCAAUAAAGUUAGGGACGAUUGGUGAUAUUUACACUGCCAAUAAUAUUAUAAGUGGGUACACAAAAUGCAGAGACUUAGGUAUUGCUGUCAAGUUGUUCGACGAAAUGCCUCACCGAGACAAUGUUUCUUGGAACUCGAUGAUCGCUGGGUAUGUAAAUUGUGGGAACUUCGAUUGCGCUUGGGAGUGCUUAAAAUUCAUGAAAAGGUGUGGGUUUCAAGUUGAUGGGUACACUUUUGGGAGUAUUCUUAAGGGGGUUGCUUUGAACGGUUGUCUCUUUUUUGGGCAACAAGUACACUCGGACAUUGUCAAGACAGGCUUUGAGGGAAAUAUUUACGCAGGAAGUGCUCUCUUGGAUAUGUACGCGAAGUGUAAUAGAGUUGAGGAUGCACAUAUUGUGUUUCAGUUCAUGCCGGGACGUAAUUCUGUGUCAUGGAAUGCACUGAUUGCAGGUUAUGCAGAAAUGGGCUGUCUCAAAAAUUGUACUCAGUUGCUGAAAUGUAUGGAUUGGGAUGGUGUCAAUCUUGAUGAUGGCACAUUUGCACCAGUUUUGACAUUGCUUGAAGACCCUGAGUUUUACGAAUUUACAAUGCAGCUCCACGGUAAAACUAUAAAACACGGGUUGGCUUCUAAUACUACUGUAUGUAAUGCUACCAUUACUGCAUACUCGGACUGUGGGUCCAUUGAAGAUUCAGUGAGAGUUUUUGAUAGUGCCGGUGGUUCCCAAGAUAUAGUCACGUGGAAUUCAAUGCUAGCAGCUUACUUAUCACAUGAUCAAAGAGACCUUGCAUUUGGACUGUUCUUAGAGGUGGAAAGGCUUGAAUUUGAACCUGACAUCUAUACAUAUACUAGCAUCAUAAGUGCUUGUUUUGAUGAACCACUUCAAAGCCAAGGGAAAUCUUUACAUGCUUUGGUAAUUAAAAGGGGAUUGGAACAGCUAACACCAAUCUCUAAUUCAUUGAUAACCAUGUAUCUCAAAUCAAAUUGCAACAGUGUAGAAGAUGUAAUAAAAGUGUUUGGGUCAAUGGAUGUGAAGGACUCUGUUUCAUGGAAUUCAAUCUUGACAGGAUUCUCACAAAAGGGGUGGAGUGAAACUACUUUGAAUCUCUUUCGACAAAUGCGACGUGAGUCUGUAGACAUUGAUCACUAUGCCUAUUCUGCUGUCCUUAGGUCUUGCUCAGAUUUAGCGACUCUCCAAUUGGGUCAACAGGCUCAUGUCUUGGCUCUAGAAUCAGGCUUUGACUCAAAUGACUAUGUAACCAGCUCUUUGAUAUUUAUGUAUUCAAAGUGCGGUAUUAUCGAAGAUGCUAGGAAGUCCUUUGAAGCAACUCCCAAAGACUGUUCAAUCACUUGGAACUCAAUCAUUUUUGGGUAUGCACAACAUGGGGAAGGUAAAGUUGCACUUGACUUGUUCUUCCUGAUGCAAUCGGAAAAGGUAAAUCUAGAUCACAUCACUUUUGUGGCAGUUCUAACUGCAUGUAGCCACAUUGGUUUGGUAGAAGAAGGUUGCAAUUUUCUGAAAUCUAUGGAAGCUGAACAUGGAAUUUCCCCUAGAAUGGAACAUUAUGCAUGUGGGAUUGAUCUACUUGGGCGGGCUGGGCGUCUAGAGGAGGCAAAAGCCCUGAUCAAAGAAAUGCCAUUUGAACCUGAUGCAAUGGUGUUGAAAACUCUGUUGGGGGCCUGUAGAAACUGUGGUGAUCUCGAAUUGGCCACCCAGGUGGCAACCCGUUUGCUGGAAUUAGAACCUGGUGAGCACUGCACUUACGUGCUUCUCUCUGACAUGUAUGGAUAUCUUAAAAAGUGGGAUGAGAAAGCUACUGUAAAGAGAUUGAUGAGGGAGAGGGGGGUCAAGAAGGUUCCUGGUUGGAGUUGGAUAGAAAUUCAGAAUGAGGUGCACGCUUUUAAUGCAGAAGAUCAUUCCCACUUUCAUUGCCUAGAAAUAUACCGGAUAUUGGGUGAAUUGAUGUCAGAAAUAAAAAAAUUGAAUAAUGCUACUCAUUUGGAUGCUCUCGAUUGUGGCGAUUAAUAUAGUGAUUUAAAAUGCUGAUGGUCCAACCUAAAUCUCAGGAGCUAUGGAGUUAGAUUGAUGUUUGUUAACUGUGAGAAAACUCUCUUCAAAAGCAGAGUGGAUGUAAGAAAAGUUAAGCACAAAUUGGAAAUUUUUUUGCGCAUAAGGGUGCUCCAAU